AUGACCACCUCCAACCGCGCAACUGCAACGAACUCUAUCCGACCAGCCUCAAACGCCACUCAACGAACAUCGAGAUGUAGCAGGUGCAGCGAAUGUCAUGGGUGCUAUCAAGCGUCAACGGUAAGUUCUUACAGCGCAAGCCUGUCGUCGUUCAAUCUUUGGUUCUUGCUGAUGCGCUCUCAUUUCAACCAAAUUUGUCUGAUACUGGAACUACCGCCCGAACCUGUGCGGGCUAAAUCAGAAUUGGCAAUUCCAAUGGCUGCUCGGAGGCCGAGCAUACCGCAACCGCUCUACGGUAACCCUCCAUGA